GAAAUUAUAAUCUGUGUUUAUUUGGCUGUUUGUGCUUUGACUGAAAUUAUGCUUUGAAGUUUAAGUUUUGAGAUUGGCUGCGCGCACUUAAAUUAAAACUUUCAAAAAGUGUCCAAAACUUUCAUGUCUUAAAUUUAUACGCUAGAAUAUCACAAUGGCAGAUGAUUUGCUUCCAGACAGCGCUGCUACUCAGACGCAAACCCAAAACUCUCAAAUUGACUGGAGUCAGCCUAAUACACCAGCUUAUAUUCCAACUAUAUGGGGCAGAUUAUAUUCCACAAAAGUAGCCAUUAGUGGCAAACAUUGCUGGAAAAAUGCUCAAUAUCCUGAAUAUUUUGAUCUCAUACAACCAGAAUUUACCUUAGGCAGAGCCCUCAACUGUAACUUUGUUGUUAAAAAAGAUAUGAUUAAAGAAAAUAUCAUUAAGAACAUCAGCAAGCUGCAGUUCUCCAUCAAAAGGGACAUGAGUGAACCUCUUUGCCCAGCUAUAAUAACAGAUCUAUCCUACAAUGGUACAUUUGUUAAUAAUGAGAAGAUAGGCAAAGGAAACUGCCGGGUUUUGGACAAUAAUGAUGAGAUAGCAGUUACUCAUCCUAUUGUUAAAAUUUUUAUUUUUAAAGACUUAUUGAAAAAUGAACAGGAUCAAGUUCCUAAAGAAAUAUCUAAGAAGUAUUAUAUCUCUAGGACGCUAGGACAAGGAGCCUGUGGUUUAGUUAAACUAGUUUAUGACAAAAUAACAUGUGCAAAGUAUGCCAUGAAGAUUAUUAAAAAAAGCCGAAUGACUAAUGGACAGAUAAACCAUUUGAAUGACCCUGAGAAAAUUAUGAAUGAGAUUAAUAUUAUGAAGGCUGUUAGACAUCCAUGUAUAAUCUCUACUGAAGAAGUUUUUGACUCUCGUGAAGCAGUGUACAUUGUCUUAGAGCUGAUGCAAGGAGGAGAGUUAUUUGACAGGAUAACUAAACAAGGACACCUCUCUGAACAGUUCACUAGGUUCCUCUUCAGACAAAUGGUGCUGGCUGUUAAAUACCUUCACUCUCAAGGCAUUACUCACAGAGAUCUAAAGCCUGAGAAUGUACUUCUUGAGAGCCAAGAGGAUGAUACACUGGUAAAAAUAACUGACUUUGGCUUGAGUAAGUUUGUUGGUGAGCACAGCUUCAUGAAGACCAUGUGUGGUACUCCCUUGUAUUUGGCGCCAGAAGUGCUCAGAGCUAAUGGCCAGAGGUGCUAUGGCCCAGAAGUGGAUGUAUGGAGUCUAGGUGUUAUUUUCUUUGUGUGCCUUGUAGGAUAUUUGCCGUUUUCGGCAGACUACAAAGACUUGUCACUCAAAGAUCAGAUCUUGAGCGGAAGGUACAAAUUCUCACAAGCACACUGGCGAGGCGUCAGUUUGCAGGCCAAACUGUUGAUGAAGAGGAUGCUUACAGUGCAAGUCGACAGGCGAAUCACGCUAAACCAAAUACUGAACCACAGCUGGAUGCAGGACCAUGACGUUAUUAUAAGGGUACAAAAGCUGCUAUCACAUAAAGAAGUUAUGAAAGGCAUGACUCAGCUGACGGUAUCUUCGACCUGCGAAGACGAUGAGAACGGUAAUGCUGACACAGUCACCGUUAUUAGGCUGGUGGCGACCGGCAAGCGAGCGCUAAGCAGCAGCUUCAGUUCCUGCGAACCUAUUCCUAAGAAACUCAGAGUUGGUACAUCUGUUGAAAAACACGAUGAUACCACUUCCACUAAUAGCUAUUGCUCAGAUGACUAACUUUGAUUCAAUCUUUGACAAUUCAAUAUUACUGGUUAUAAUAUUUCGAUUGUCUUAUAAUUAUAAUCCAUUGUUCUGACAAGGACUGUACAUUCGGAAAUUCGAAUGUAUAAUUAAUUAAUGACGGGUAUUAGUUGUGUAUGAAUACCAUUUUGUUUCAGUUUUUUAUUGUUUUAAUUAUUAUUAUUGUUCUAUUUUCGUUCACUAGGACAUGUGAUAUUUUUAAUGUUUCUCAAUUUUAAUGAAUCUAUUGUGGAAUUUAUGUUAAAAAUAGUGCGCUAGCAUAUGGUGAGAAUGAUUAUUUUAGUCUCAAAAUUGUAUUUUAUGUCUAUUGUUGUGUAAAACUUGUUUGUUUAUGAAUGCAUGCAAAUCAAUUGCAAAUGCAUUGAUUUUCUAGUGCCAUAUUGUGCCCAGUGCCGGAAUUUGCGAUGACUGGAUACUCAGUAUUUUUAUAAAAAACUUGUUUUACCUUGAUUUUGUGAAUGGUACUUGACUGCUGAAACACAGUAAUUCAAGGUACGAGUUAAUUAGUUUUAUUAAGAUACAAUAAGUCAGAAGUACAGUAAGAAUACAUGUAAACUUAGGAAAUGAAUACCGCCUUGGAUACCACCGCAUUUGUUUACAUCAUGUUAGAUUUUAAUAAAAGUGUUGAUUAUUGUAAUGAUACAUCAGUUUUAUACUAAAUAAAACGAAGGUUAUCAAAAAUAAA